AUGAAUUCCUUCAACCACACUGGUGUCAGCCACACAGUCUUCCGCUUGCUGGGCAUCCCUGGCCUUGAGGAGCAGCACAUGUGGAUGUCCAUCCCCUUCCUCAUUUCCUAUGUCAUCGCCCUGCUUGGGAACAGCCUGCUCAUCUGUAUCAUCCUCACAAAGCGCAGCCUCCAUGAGCCCAUGAACCUCUUCCUCUGCAUGCUGGCUGGAACAGACAUUGUCCUCUCCACGUGCACAGUGCCUCAGGCCCUGGCCAUCUUCUGGUUCCGUGCUGGGGAGAUCUCCCUGGGUCGCUGCAUCACUCAGCUCUUCUUCAUCCACUCCACCUUCAUCUCUGAGUCAGGGAUCUUGCUGGUGAUGGCGUUUGACCGCUACAUUGCCAUAUGCUACCCACUGAGAUACACCACUAUUCUUACACAUGCUCUGAUUGGGAAAAUUGGCAUGACCAUCUUUAUAAGAAGUUAUAUUACAAUUAUCCCCAUCAUAUUUCUUUUGAAAAGAUUGACUUUCUGUCAAAAUAAUAUUAUUCCACACACCUUUUGUCAACAUAUUGGCUUGGCCAAAUAUGCUUGCAAUGAUAUCCAAGUGAACGUAUGGUACGGAUUUUUUGUCCUACUGUCAACAGUUGUCUUAGAUAUUGUGCUAAUUUUUUUUUCCUAUGUGCUGAUACUCCAGGCUGUCUUCCGCAUCCCAUCCCAAGAUGCUCGUCACAAAGCUCUCAACACAUGCGGCUCCCAUGUCUGUGUCAUCAUCCUCUUUUAUGGGCCUGGGAUCUUUACUACCCUUACUCAGAGGUUUGGACACCACAUUGCACCCCAUAUCCAUGUACUGCUGGCCAGUGUCUGCAUUCUGGCUCCUCCUAUUCUGAACCCCAUCAUUUAUGGGAUCAAGACCAAACAAAUCCAGGAUCAGGUGGUUCAUAUAUUAUUUACAAAACAAAAAUAA